AUGAGGCUUUGCGGCGGAGCUCUUGCUCUGCUUUUGCUCCUGUUCGUCGUCCAUGGAGGCCGGCAAGCAGCGGAGGCCGGCGGGGAUGCGUUCGUGAGGGUCCAGGGCACCCGCUUCGUGCAGAACGGCAAGCCGUUCUUCGCCAACGGGUUCAACGCCUACUGGCUCAUGACCUUCGGCGCCGACCCCAAGCAGAGGGGCAAGGUCACCUCGGCGCUGGGCCAGGCCGCCGGCGCCGGCCUCUCCGUGGCCAGGACGUGGGCGUUCAGCGACGGCGGUGGCAGCAGCAGUGCACUGCAGUACUCUCCCGGCCGCUACAACGAGAACACCUUCCAGGGGUUGGAUUUCGUGCUAUCUGAGGCUAGGAAGUAUGGGAUUAAGAUGAUUCUGAGCCUUGUGAACAAUUAUGAUAGCUUUGGAGGGAGGAAGCAGUACGUGCAGUGGGCGAGGGAGCAGGGGCAGGCCAUUGGCUCUGACGAUGAAUUCUUCACUAACCCUGUUGCCAAGGGCAUCUACAAGAACCAUAUCAAGGCCGUUCUGACGAGGGUGAACACGAUCACCGGCGUGGCGUACAACGACGACCCAACGAUCAUGGCGUGGGAGCUGAUGAACGAGCCGCGUUGCCAGUCCGACGAGUCCGGCCACACCAUCCAGUCGUGGAUCACGGAGAUGGCAGCGCACGUGAAGUCCAUCGACGGCAACCACCUGCUGGAGGCCGGCCUGGAGGGCUUCUACGGCGCCUCCUCGUCACCGUCCCGCCGCAGCUCCGUGAACCCGUCGGGGUACCAGGUGGGCACCGACUUCAUCGCCAACAACCAGGCGCCCGGGAUCGACUUCGCCACCGUGCACUCGUACCCGGACCAGUGGCUGCCCAGCCUGGACGCCCCGUCGCAGCUACGGUUCCUGGGCGCCUGGCUCGACGCCCACAUCGCCGACGCGCAGGCGGUGCUGCGGAAGCCGCUGCUGGUGGCCGAGUUCGGCAAGUCGCGCAGGGACCCGGGCUACAGCGGCGACGACCAGCGCGACGCGGUGUUCGGCACGGUGUACGCCAAGGUCAACAACUCGGCGCGCGCCGGCGGCCCCGCGGCGGGCGCGCUCUUCUGGCAGCUCCUGACUGAGGGGAUGGACUCCUACGGGGACGGCUACGAGGUCGUGCUCCGGCAGGCGACGUCCACCACCGGAGUCAUCACGACGCAGAGCCGGAGGCUGCAGGGGCUCGCCAGGGCGUUCGUGCGCGCGCGCAAGGUCCAGCGGGCAAGGGCGGCAACUGAAAGUGAUGGGCUGCAGUCUGCAGAUCGGGGUGUUUCGUACCAAGAAUGCGUCUUUUUCGUGCGUUUGGGGUCGUAA